AUGCCCCCAGCAUCUACACUCUCCCGCCGGCACAAACCUCCAGCGACCAAGUCACCCUUGUCCCAGCAGCUCGGCACACAGCCAGAACCACCUCUCAGUCGUCAAGCUAAAAGAAAGGUCGGGAAUGCCGUCGGGAGAGAGGAUGGGGCUGCCAAAGCUGAAACGAAGGAAUCCCAAGACGAUAUAAUGUUCUUAUCUCCACCUACAGAGCCAGACGACAUCCCCAGCCAAUCCCAGCCAGCGGAGCAACAGCAACCAAAUCAUGUCGUUUCUCCCGUCUUGGAUGCUCUAAAUUCACUGGGUGGUCAAGACAGUCAUGAUACUGCUCAUCGAACUGAUUCUUGGGCCAAGUCAAUUCCCUUUGGGAAGAGUCCUCCCAAUGAUCUUAUUGAUGGGCUGAGUAUUAGCGAAUCACCCCCCCAUCUUGCCGCACCUGGCGACAAGGGAGGUUUCAGCCACAGCACCUCACCAGCCUCACCACCCCUGGGGAAAUCUCGACCCCUGAGGCAUGGAAGCGGAAAUGGAAAUGGACAUGCGAAUUACGUGCCAUCAAGAUACCCAUCUGGGGAUAAACAUCAGCGGUGCUCUUCGAGCAGUCAUCCCAUGAACCAGAUUCCCCUACCUCAUCUACCCCAACCGCACUUCUAUGCCGCACCAGACAUUGAGAUACCACAUUUUCCAAGCCCCAAUAUGCGGGCAUUAGGGGAAUCUGGUUACACUUUCUGUACUUUUGAUUCGAUUGCAAAUCCGCAUCCAACAAAAACAAACAAAGUUGGCAGCAAUGUCGUAUUAGUUGGUCGUGAUGGCUGUUUGGAAAUUCUUGGCAUGGAAGGUGAUAAAAUUAAAGUAGUUGGGAAGCUGGAUGGUCUGAUUGGAAGAGUGUUCGAUGCGAAGAUUUUGACCUGUGCAUCCAAAACUGAUCCUUUUGCAUCUUGCCGGCCGCUGGUGGCAAUAUCCAUACAUGGCCCUGCACUCGCACCUGAGGAUGGCGGUGUUUCCUCGUCAGCAUCUUCAGAUCAUGUUGAAAUAGUACCGGCAGUGUCAAACACACAAUCAAAGCGUGGGGAGCAUCCUCACGUGCAAACUCGAGUCCAAAUAUAUUCUCUCAAAACACAGGAGCAUAUUACGACGUUAUAUUCAACGAAGCCGGUGCCGUAUCUCGAUUACUUUCCUGGCUUGCCAGCGUCUGCCUCGUCGCCUGUGGGGAACCUAAAAAUCCAUGCCAGCGGUAAUUUCCUCGUCAUUGCCUCUGGGACUAGUGGUGAGGUUUUUAUUUACAGUGUAGCCCCCAAUUCGUCUCCAGGUGCCUUUCAGUGUCUUGGGAAAACGUGGACUAGUAUGAAGUGGAAGGAUACUCGCCGGUAUUCUAGCUCAUCAAAUUCAACAACUGACGUGGACGAUUACCAGUCAGAUGCCAGUGGUCCAUCUGCAAACCCCGAAACCCCAAUUGUAUCUCUUAGUGGUCGAUGGCUAGCUGUCGUUGCCCCUUCGGCCUCGCACCGAGUUUCUCUUCAUGGAACUAUUCCUUCACAUCUGAUCCAGAAGAAAACUUAUGGUUUGGAUAGCCACACACCUCCCUCGCGCCCUUCUGUGACCUGCAGCGUUGACUCAGGAGAAGGAGAAAGUCUGCUCAAUAAAGUAGCAAGAGGUGUCACGCAGGAGCUAUUCAAAGGCGCUCGGUGGAUUGGAGAUCAGAGUGUCCAAACUUGGAAUAGCUACUGGAAUAAGGACGGCCAAUCGACGCAGGCUACCAACUCUCGUCGUCCUUACCCGUAUGACACGCAGAUGGGACACAACAUCCUCCCGCCAACCCAUGCCCCUGACACUCAGUCAGGGCUGGCAGGCGAACCCGACCUUGUGUCGAUCAUUGAUUUGAAGAAAUUAGAAGGAUCCCAGGAUGUUAGAUCAUCCUUCCCUCUUCCAAUUGCAACAUUCCAACCGCCAAAUGGAUGUAGUUUUCUCUCGUUCGCACCCAGUGGUCUCAUGUUGCUAACCUCCAGCAAAAAGGGCGAUAUACAACAUAUCUGGGAUCUCAUGCAGGUAAACCACUGCAGAUCGCGAGCAUUUAUAUCAGAUGACCUCACUUCAAGCGGAGUCGCUUCCAACCCUCCGGCCCUGCACGUACGACAAGUAGUGCGAUAUGCUCGACUGACCACCUCAAGAAUCGUCGAUGUUAUCUGGACUGCUCCCACCGGAGAGCAUCUGGCAAUUAUCACCAAGAAAGGCACCGUUCAUGUCUAUGACCUUCCACGCUCUGCAUUCCAAUGGCCACCUCCACGCCGCGUUGUGCCGUCCAAGACGAACCAGAAGGAUCCUUCUACCGGCGAUGAUCAUGAGGAAGCUGCUCCCAGUAACCCGUUCUCUGCAGCCAUGAAGCUUGUCGGCGGCACGACUCAACCCAUUCUGGCUGCUGUACGAGGCCGUGCCCCAAGUGUCGGGGCAGCUUUUUCAGGCGGCGCAGGCGGGUUAGGACUCACAGCUGCCACGGGUGUGCGUGGCGGUGGUAAAGUUGUGGCCGCGGGCCUAAGUAAAUCAAUGGGUGCGGCAACAGGUACCGUUAACACCUUGCGGCACGUAGGCGAGAAUCGUCUACACCUUUCCGGUUUCUCUAGAGAUGCUGUACCGGCGCGUGUCACCUGGCUUGACAACUGCAGCGAAGACGAGCCGAUAUUAGCCGUGAUUGAGAGCGGGAUUUUCAAGGCGUAUAGAAUCCGACGGAGUCUGGCGGGCGGCAAGAAUAAACAGAGCCACUCCGUCAUUGGGAGUAAAGUGUCCGAGAUCCGACUGCCGGCCAACGUGCAGGUACCCAGUGGUCCCGAACAGGCACAGGCACAGGCGCAGGCUCUCGCACUGCCAAGCAUACCCAUCCCAGUUCCCGUACCUCCCCCCGUGUCCGUGCCCGCAGAACCUCACGUCUCCGGCUUCUGGACCCUACCCUCCCAGACCCUCAUGCGGCGGGGCAGCGGCAAGCUGAAAUCCCAACCCCUCUCUCAGGCCGAGAUAGAAGCCAACGCACCGUACCAGCCCUUCCAUACGGACCGGAGGGUGAAUCUCUUCGUCUAUCCGCCCGGUCACGAGGAGCAUGCCAGCAUCCAACAGUCAGAGCCACAAACGGAGCCGUGGGUCUUCGGGAACGAGAUACCGGGCAUAAAACUUAACCUGCGCGCUUCUAUGCAUGAUGGAGGGGAUGAUGAAGGGUGUGGUCUGGAUGGCAGUGCCGGUGGUGCUGAUGGCGGAGGGGAGAUAGAGAGUAUGAUUAGUCUUGGGAAUGAGGGUGGAGAUGUUGAGCACGUUGUUAUUACGGCGAGGAGGAAGAAGAGGGGGGGGAUGGGUUCGUCGGGGACCGCCGAUGGUGAUAAUGCUAAUGGUGGGAGAACUGAGGAAGGUGGGUUCUUUGAGGAUGAUUGUGAUGUGUUGGAUUUUGCGAGGGAUCGGGUAUGA